AUGCUGUGGGCGGUGGAUGGUGGAGGUUGCCCUGAGGGGUUGGGAGGGGACGUGACGGUCCUGCUUUCAACCCGACAUUACUCUGAUUCCCUGGCUCGUUUCUCCUCGCACAUCCUGGUCCCGAUCUCAUUGACUCUUUCCCACAUGUUUGUACAAUGCCUUCUCGAUACCUUUCCCCUCGCAGCGCUCACUCCUGCCCCACCUUGCCCGCCUUAA